AUGGAAGAGUUUCACCGGAUUCCGAUAGUAAUAGUUGAAGAUGAAGAUGAGCUGGAACGGUUUGUUAAAGGAGGGAACCAAUUAGAGGAGGAAGAGAGAGAGGAGAAAUCACGUAUGGAUCCAAAGGACUUGUCAAACAGAAUGAAGGAGAAGGGUGGUUGUUGUUAUAAAGAAGGGAAAUUUGAUGAAGCGUUAGGAUUUUACUUGAAAGCAUUGGAGAUUUUGGAUUUGGAACAGAGUUUGAGUGAAAAUGGGAGAAAUUUUGAAUUAAUAAUGGGAGAAGUUGUAUUAAGAAGUAAUUGUAUAGCUUGUUACGUAGGGAAAAAGGACUUCAAUCUGGCAAUUUCUGAGUCCAGAAAGUUACUGGAUUACAUUAAGGAAGAAGGGGAUCAUCAUCUGAGAGAAAAAGAGGAUUUACCAACAUUGUGGGUAAAUAUUGAGAAUAAAACAAGGUACAGAUUAUCUCUAUCUUUGUAUAACAGCUUAUAUUGUGGAAAUAAGGAUAUUCUACACGAAGAAAACUCAAAGGCUUCUAUUAGGGAAUCUUUUGAAAUGAUUAAAUUGGUUUCGGAGUACUACCAGGAAAGUUUGAAGGUAUCACCACCUCAAGAAAUUAGUUCCUUGUAUUCCAUGGUGGAAAAGACCUUUAAAGCUCAAAGUUUUAAGACGAGUGAGGAGGAACCAGGAAAAAAAUCAAGUUUAAGAGAUAGAGAAAACCAAUACCACAUCACAGAGCAGGGAGGAAAGACGAUUCUGAAACAAAGUGAACCAAACUACCUAAGAUCCUACUUAAUAUGCUUUUUAGAAGAAGAUUUAGAAUCUGGGUCUUAUUCAAAGUCUAUUCCAUCUCCAAUCCCAAUUGUGAACAAAAUGAGCUGCAAUAAUUUCAUGGAGUUCCUCAAAAUUUGGCAAAAUAUAUACCAAAGCAACAAUUUCCUGGAUUACUACUUGCUGUUUGGUCAGAUAUUCACUAAAUUGGAUAAGUUUUAUAACAAGACAGAAAUAGAAGGAGACAUCUUGGAAAGGGUUCUCGAAAGAAUUUCCAACAUUCUUGAUGAGUUAAAAGGUAUAUCUCCGUCUAAAACUAAAGACAAACUCGUUUCACACAUAUUCAGGAUUGUUCAGAACUUGGAAAGAACGCCCAGAUUUGAUUUUGUCGCACUAAUGCUUACCAAAAACUUCCAAAUUCUUGAUAAAAUGGUUCAACUUCGGGAAUGUAUAAGCGAACAACUUUUUCAAGAAAUUAAAUAUUUUCAGGAGACCCAAGUCUCUAAGGGAAUUCAAAUAUGA